AUGCCAGCAGCCGCACCGGCUUCCCGGGCCCGGGCUGCGGGGCGGUGGGAGACGCCGAGCCCGCCCGGCAGGCACCUGCCCGCGCCCGGGCUGCGCCUCCGCGCGCGUGGAUGCCCGGCCCGCGGCUCGCUGGCUUCCCGGGCCCGGCCCGGCCUCCCGCCCGCCGGGGGGCGGCUCCCUCCGCGGGGUCACGGCGGCGGAGCCCCGGGCCAGCGGCGCGGGCGGGCGCGGGCUCGCCGGGGACGGAGCGGCCGGGGCGGGCGCGCGGCAGCCGGAGGCGGCUUUUGUCCGCGGCCGGGCGGCGCGGGCGGGGGUCCGCGGCCGGGGCGCCCGCCCCUCUCCCCGCCCCCCGGCGUGGGCCCGCCCCGCGCCCGUGUCGAGGCGGGCCGGGGCUGGGGAGCGGGGCGGGCGGGACAUCCGGCCCGGGGCCCCGGCCGCGCCCGCCGCCGCCAGGCCCGCCCCGCCGUCCUCGCGACCCCCUCCCGGGACUCCGCGGCUCCCCGCCUUCCCUCGCGGCCCGGCCCAGCGCCAUGUUCCCCCCGCCCGCUGGCCCCGCUGGCCGCCCCGGACGGCGCCGAGCCCCCGGGCCGGGCGGCGCGGCGGGCUCGGGGCCGGGCGGCGGCGGCCCCGCCGCCCCUGCUGCUGCCGUCCAUGCUGAUGUUCGCGGUGAUCGUGGCGUCCAGCGGGCUGCUGCUGAUGAUCGAGCGCGGCAUCCUGGCGGAGAUGAAGCCGCCUCCCCUGCACCCGCCGGGCCGCCGCGGGGCGCCGGGCCCGGGGGACGGGGACGGGGAGCUGCGGGUGCGGCGCGACGUCCGCAACCGGACGCUGCGGGCGGUGUGCGGGCAGCCGGGCAUGCCGCGGGACCCCUGGGACCUGCCGGCCGGGCCGCGGCGCACGCUGCUCCGCCACGUCCUGGUGAGCGAUCGCUACCGCUUCCUGUACUGCUACGUGCCCAAGGUGGCCUGCUCCAACUGGAAGCGCGUGCUGAAGGUGCUGGCGGGCGCGCUGGGCAGCGUGGACGCGCGCCUCAAGAUGGACCACCGCGCCGACCUGGUGUUCCUGGCCGACCUGCGGCCCGACCAGAUCCGCCACCGCCUGCGCCACUACUUCAAGUUCCUGUUCGUGCGCGACCCCGCCGAGCGCCUGCUGUCCGCCUACCGCAACAAGUUCGGCGAGAUCCCCGAGUACCAGCGCCGCUACGGGGCGGAGAUCGUGCGCCGCUACCGGCCGGGCGCCGGGCCCGACCCCGCGGGCGACGACGUCACCUUCCCCGAGUUCCUGCGCUACCUGGCGGACGAGGACCCCGAGCGCAUGAACGAGCACUGGAUGCCCGUCUACCACCUGUGCCAGCCCUGCGCCGUGCGCUACGACUUCGUGGGCUCCUACGAGCGCCUGGAGGCCGACGCCAACCACGUGCUGGAGCGCGUGCGGGCGCCGCCCCACGUGCGCUUCCCCGCGCGCCAGGCCUGGUACCGGCCCGCCAGCCCCGAGAGCCUGCACUACCACCUGUGCAGCGCCCCGCGCGCCCUGCUGCACGACGUGCUGCCCAAGUACAUCCUGGACUUCUCGCUCUUCGCCUACCCGCUGCCCAAUGUCACCCGGGAGGCCUGCCGCCAGUGACCACCACGGCUGGGGUUGGGGAGUGGGGGGCGGGGGGGGGCUGGGGCUUCUCCAAGGUCUCCAGAGAGCUAGAUGACAGGCAUCGCCCCCCGCCAGAGUUCCUUGUCCAGAGAGCGGAGGGUCGUGCCCACAGUGGACAAGAUGGGGACAGGGGCACCGGCUGUGCCUCAGUGGGAGGAAGGGGGGGUGUCUCUUGGUGGGGUCCUGCGAUCUUGGCUCCCUUGGACCCUUAGUUGGUUAGCGAGGUAUUCAUCCAUCUCAUCCAAAAACACAGGCUUCAGGCCUCCUGCUGCAGGACUUGAGUCAUCCGAUCCAGCUUGCUUGGUGGCACCAGCCUGGAGUCCUGCCUGGGGCUCGGGGACCUGUGGUCUGGGACCCCUCAUGUAUGCACCCCAGGUGCCUCAGGACAAGGGUGAAUGUUCAGACCAGGCCAGUGCCUUCUAAGUCUCUGCUGUGCUUUUCUGCUCUACACUCCAAAGUGCCUCCACUUGCUACUUUUCCAUUUUUUCCUAGGAAAGGAAAAUGGAAGCUGAGCAGGGCCCUGGGCCUAGUUUGCUCCAGGAACCAGCCCAGCAGGAAUCCAAAGACCCUCGGGGCCCAGCCUCUCCCUAGAGCUUGGGAGUCUCUUGCCCAGAGCCUCCUUCCUUCCCCUGCAAGACCAGACCACUGUGACUGUGGCUCUUCUCCUCAGCUAUCACUUUGCUAUUGCAUUUAUUUAAAGUUUAUACUUUCUGAUAGGAUCCUGGGGAGGGCUGUUUUUCUCCUCUAAUAGCUGAAGUUUUAAUAAAGCUGUUUUGUAUAUGA